CCUUGCCUUUCCAUCUUGGAAGGCGAAAAACAGAGGGGAGAGGAAGGUGGUGGUGUUGCCGUCGACGGUGCGGGACGUUCCGAUGAGGAAACUGCUCCCAAACCUCGACAGAGAAGAUGGACUUGACACAGUCCUUGAGGUUCCCGUUCCAGAGGAGAUAUUCAACCCAAUGGACGGGUCCACGAAAUCAAAUUCAUGGAGCAACGUCAAGACGUGGAUGAAAUGUUCACAAGUCUCUGCGGUUAAACCGGCAGCAUCUCUUCCUGGUGCUGGUGGUGGCGGCAACUCUGAGCUCCCACUUCUCCUCAAUGUUGUUGGUGCGCCGUUGAUCCCGCUGCCGGUUCAGAACGAGCAACCUCCCAAUGAGUCUAUAAAAAAUCAUCCCAUCGAAUCAUCAACUGCCAAGUACAUUGUUCAACAGUAUCUAGCUGCCACUGGUGGUUUACAGGCAAUGAACUCUGUGUCCAGUAUGUAUGCGAUCGGCAAGGUGAGGAUGACAGCUUCAGAAUUCCAUCCAGGAGACCAGUCGAUCAAAGCGAGAAGCGCCGGUGAGGUUGGAGCAUUUGUCCUCUGGGCCAAGAACCCGGACCUUUGGUUCUUGGAGCUCGUGUUCUUUGGUUACAAGAUGAGUGCUGGAAGUGAUGGGAAGGUAGCGUGGAGGCAGACACCGUGGCACCAGUCCCAUGCACUAAGAGGACCUCCGAGACCUCUCCGCCGCUUGCUACAGGGUCUUGAUCCAAGAACCACGGCCAGCCUAUUCUCCAACGCGGUCUGCAUAGGAGAGAAGUCAAUCAACAACGAGGGCUGCUUUAUUUUAAAGUUGGAAGCAGGAGCCCAGACACUAAAGGCUCGGAGCAGCAGCAGCUUCGACAUAAUCCACCACACAAUGUGGGGUUAUUUCAGCCAAAGAACAGGUCUCCUCCUCCAAUUCGAGGACACCCAUUUGCUCAGAAUGAAAGGGAAGGGGAAAGGGAAUGACAGUGUGUUCUGGGAAACAAGCAUGGAGUCCUUGAUAGAGGACUAUAGAUUUGUUGAUGGGGUGAACAUUGCACACAGUGGUCAUACCGUGGUCACCCUUUUUAGGUAUGGGCACUCUUCCACAGGACACAAAACGAGGAUGGAGGAGAGUUGGACAAUUGAGGAAGUGGACUUCAACGUAUGGGGGUUGUCUACAGAAAGCUUCCUUCCUCCGGCUGACCUCAAGAAAGAGGAUGGAGAGUAGGAGGUGAGCAGCAGGAACUUGCGGCACUUCUCUGUGCUACAGCCACCGUAAAAUUCAAUGUUCUAUAGCUCUUGAUUAUAAUAUAACCAAGUGCACAGUUUUGAAA